CAAAGGGUCGAUUAUAUAAAAGAAAAGAAAGUUAAUACCUAGUCAACCUAGUAUAGAACUAGCUAGCUAGCUACAGAUAUAUACAGAAAUAAAUACCUCUCCGGCUCCUUGAAACUGAAGCCCCAAGUUGCUCACUACCCAUACUCAAUAGGACACGGAUCAGAGAACUAGAAGCCCUAGCUUGUGGCGUUGUAUACACGUACAGAAGCAAUGGCAUCACCUGCUGACCAUUCUCACGAACUAGCGAGGCGACAAACAACACAAGCGUUUGAGACAUUGGCAAGGACAAUCCAUCGUCUAGAGAGCAGGAUAGAGAAUACCCGUUCUCCACCCCAGAGCCCCCUCAAGCGCCAAGAGUCCGUGGACAACUCUGAUGCAGACACAGAGACUGACGAUGAAGAGCUGCUUGAGCACUUCUCCAACACUGGGACCUAUGUGCCUGACACCUCCUCCCCUAACUACGUGUUUGAGUACCCGGGGGACAGGACCGGCAGCGAGGAGUUCAACUUGUUGGAAAUACAGGCAGCAGAGAAGAAGAUCACCAUCGACACUGCCGCAGCUACAGCCACAAGGCUUGAAAGAGAGUCAACUCUGGUUGAUGGCGGUGUGUGUAUGUCCGUGCCGUUCAGUCGAGUGACCAUCAGUAAGCCUUGUCUAGCCGAGGGGGAAACACAGGAUCAGGAGGCCCUGCUGGAUGGGCUGGACGAGGCCCAAGACUUGCUCCAAGCAGCCCUGGCUGUCAGACUGCGAUACAUGGACCUGAGUCUACAAAACUACUGUGGAACCACUCGACAGAUGCUGGAAGGAAAGAAUCCACCAAGCUCCAUGUUCUGCAGUAUGAGCUCAAAGGAAAUGGCUGUUAACUACACGCCAGAGGGAGACAUUAUUAGGGAGUGGACCUCUAGCGUGCCAACUCCAGUGGACAAGUUCGACCCCCACGGAUCAGCCUUCCCCAAAGCCUCACUCAACUUCUCUAUCAAGAUGGAGAGAGGGUUCAUUGUUCUUACACAGGGCGACGAAGAGCAGCCUCUCUCUGACAAGGAGCAGGAGGUGUUGAAAGAUGAGGUGCUCUCUGACCACGGCUUCAUGCCCAAGCUCAAGGAUGAGUUUGUGGGAGAGAUGAACAAGAUGCUGGCCCUAGCUGCUCAUGGCCCAAUAAAGACAUUCUGUUACCGACGAUUGAGAUACCUUGAGUCCCGCUUCCAGCUGCACACGAUGCUCAACGAGAUGAAGGAAUUGAGGGCACAGAAACUAGUCCCUCACAGAGACUUCUAUAACGUCAGGAAGGUGGACACUCAUAUCCAUGCGGCCUCGGGCAUGAAUCAGAAGCACCUGCUGCGAUUCAUCAAGAAGAAGAUUCGUUCCAACCCCGAUGACAUUGUCUCUCUGAGGGACGCACAGCAGCUGACACUCAGUCAGUUGUUCAAGUCUCUGAAUCUGAAGGCCUACGACUUAAACGUGGAUAACUUGGACGUUCAUGCCGACCGAAACACGUUUCACAGGUUUGACAAGUUCAACACCAAGUACAACCCGAUAGGGGAGAGUCGACUGAGGGAGGUGUUCUUGAAGACUAACAAUGACAUGAAGGGCCGUUACUUUGCUGAGAUCACCAAGGAGGUGAUGGACGAUCUGACAGACAGCAAGUAUCAAAUGGCCGAGCCACGUAUCUCCAUAUAUGGGCGUUCCAAAGAUGAGUGGGACAACCUGGCAACGUGGGCGGUGGACCACAAGCUCUAUUGUGACAACGUGCGCUGGCUCAUUCAGAUUCCAAGAAUCUAUGACAUCUAUCGCUCUAAGAACCUGUUGAAGAACUUUGGGAAGAUGCUGGAGAAUAUCUUUGUCCCUCUGUUUGAGGUGACCCUUGACCCCAGCACUCACCCCAAGCUGCACCAGUUCCUCAAUCAGGUGACUGGCUUUGACAGUGUUGACGAUGAGAGCAAAGCAGAGCAUCACUACUUCCAGUCCACGACCCCUGAACCCCAGGACUGGGUGUCAGAGGAGAACCCUCCAUAUUCCUACUACAUCUUCUACAUGUACGCCAACAUCUCCAUCCUCAACAGACUCAGAAAGAUUCGAGGGUUUAACACUUUUGUCCUGCGUCCCCACUGCGGUGAGGCUGGUCCAGCCAGUCAUCUUGUCGCUGCCUUCAUGUUGGCAGAGAACAUCUCUCAUGGCCUCCUGCUCAGAAAGGUCCCUGCCCUGCAAUAUUUGUACUACCUUGCUCAAGUGGGUGUGGCCAUGUCCCCCCUUAGCAACAACAGCCUCUUCCUUGACUACAACAGGAACCCACUGCCCACCUACUUCUCCCGAGGACUCCUCGUGUCCCUCUCCACCGACGACCCUCUACAGUUCCACUUUACCAGGGAGCCACUGAUGGAAGAGUACAGCAUUGCUGCUCAAGUGUGGAAGCUCAGUCCCUGUGACAUGUGCGAGUUGGCCAGGAACUCUGUCCUCAUGAGCAGCUUUGAGCAUUCUGUGAAGCAGUACUGGAUAGGCAAGGACUACCGGGAGGAUGGUCCGGCUGGGAAUGACAUCACUAGGACCAAUGUACCCAACAUCCGUGUGGCUUACAGGCACGAGACGUUGGUGGAUGAGCUGAAGCAUAUUAUAAAGAAGCAGUAACUCUUAAGAACGCUUGCAAUGAUUGAUUGACUCUAUUACACUUUUCCUGAUUGCACUAAUAGUACUUUUAUUAGCACUUGCACUUGAUAAUAUUUUAAGGUCGUUUGGAGAGUACAAUCAAUUAA